GAGGCCGCGGGGCGGGCGGCGGUGACGCGCGCGGAAGCGUCCUGUGCACCCUCCGAAGCCGGCAGGAAGCGAGCGGCGGCAGCCACGGCCGCGCGCCCCGAAGGGAGGGGCGCCGUAUCGCUCGGAGGUGGCUGAACCCCUGCGGCGCCGCCGGCGGCGGCCCCAUGAGUCGGGGGACGAUGCCCCAUCCUGGAGCGUGGCCCGGCGCCAGCUGUGCGGAGAAGCCGGCGCUGGAGACGGGGCCCUCCUCGCCGGGCACGGCCAGAGCCGCGGUGCGGGAGGGCGGGAAGGCAGAGGCCGCUGGGCAGCCGCGGGCCGCGGUGCGGUGCCCGGCCGAGCAAGAGGAGGACCUAUAUCGUUCUGAAGAUGAAAUAGAAAAGGAGAAAGAAUUACUUAUACAUGAAAGAGGGUCAUCAGAACCCAGAUUAAGUGUAGCUCCUGAAAUGGAUAUCAUGGACUACUGCAAAAAAGAAUGGAGGGGAAAUACGCAAAAAGCAACAUGUAUGAAAAAGGGCUACGAAGAGGUAUCUCAGAAGUUCACCUCCAUCAGACGCGUCCGCGGGGACAAUUACUGCGCGCUGAGGGCCACGCUCUUCCAGGCCAUGAGCCAGCCGGCGGCGCUGCCCCCCUGGCUGCAGGACCCCGAGCUCACGCUGUUACCGGAAAAACUCAUGAGCAAGUAUAGCUGGAUCAAGCAGUGGAAACUUGGAUUGAAAUUUGAGGGGAAGAGCGAGGACCUGGUUGAUAAAAUCAAGGAGUCCCUCAGUCUGCUGAGGAAGAAGUGGGCAGGCUUGGCUGAACUGAGAACUGCCGAAGCAAGGCAGGUAGCUUGUGAUGAACUGUUCACAAAUGAAGAGGAGGAGUAUAGCCUUUAUGAAGCUGUAAAAUUUUUAAUGCUGAACAGAGCCAUUGAACUGUACGAUGAUAAAGAGAAGGGAAAGGAAGUGCCAUUUUUCUCUGUGCUUCUGUUUGCUCGGGACACAUCGAGCGACCCUGUACAGCUGCUGAGGAACCAUCUAAACCAGGUGGGACACACAGGUGGCCUCGAACAGGUGGAAAUGUUCCUCCUCGCCUACGCCGUGCGCCACACCAUCCAGGUGUACCGGCUCUCCAAGUACAGCACCGAGGAGUUCAUCACCGUCUACCCCACAGACCCGCCCAGGGACUGGCCGGUGGUGACCCUGAUCGCCGAGGACGACCGGCAUUACAACGUCCCCGUCCGAGUGUGUGAGGAGACGAGUCUGUGACGCACGCCUGCACGGCCUGGCCGCGGCCUCCUAGGUCCACUUCUGGGCCCGCUCGGGCCCCGUGAGCCAGGCUGGGAGGUUCUGAAGACCAGCUUUUGAUAAUAAGCGUUCAGCAAGUUUCCCGUCAGCUAUGAUGCAGUGUUUUAGUGUGGCCUUCAGAGCACGCCUGUGGGAAGGUACAAACUACAUCCUUUCCAUAAAACAGACAGUUUCGUUUCAGGAGACUCACUUUGGAGAGGAAUAAUGUUCUUUAUAUCUCAAAUCAAACUUUCUCCAAAAGUAAACUGGCUUUUUUUUUUUAAGAUAGUAAUUUUUGUUUGUUUGUUUUGGUGGUAUGGGGUCCCCGUACUGCGCUUCCACGCAGUCUGCGUGUGUGGGCUAAUUCUGGGAUGGAGUCUGUUUCUGGCACAGUCAGAACAUCCUCUGGUAGUCUCACCAAGCAGUGCUUUGGAUUUGCAUAUUGUAAACAGGUUAUGUAAUAGAAGGUAAAGAACUGGGUCCAAAAGUGAGUUAUUUAAAGUCUGGAGAAGGAGCUGCACCUGGAAAUCCUUGCUCUUUGAGAACGUGACAAGUGCCGAGGUCGUGGACACAGCAGCUGUGGCGCUGGGUGCACGUGGUGCCGUCUGCGGGGCUGUCCGUCCCCCAGUGCCAUAGACUCAGCCUCUGCAGCCAGAACCCGGCUGAGACCCAUGCUCUUAGAGGAGGCGGCCCAGGCCAAGUGACUUCAGGCGCCCCUCUGGGCUCGGGGUGGGAGGAGCUGCAUCCAGGCUUUUCGUGCCCUUUUCACGCUGUUUGUUUUCAGGGUGUUUCCAGUGCCAGAUUCAUGUAACUCACCUGCCGGCAGGGGAUGGGCAGCAGACGGUCCGGUUUCCCAGAAGUAAGCUUGCUAGAGCUGAGUGCAGAAGUUGGGCUGAGCGGCGCUGCCCUUGCUUUGCUUUGGGACGCCCAAGAGCGUGGUGUCCCUGGUGGUGAGCCGUGGCCUGCAGUGGCUCCGGUAGGGACAAGGCAGCCUGGCCGAGCGUGGUCUGCGCUGGGCCUGCGGCGUCCACGGGGGCGUGCACCGUGGAUGGACCUGUCACAGGAGCCACACGCGUCUUUAGGACUGUGUCAGCACCUGUGGAGGGCUGUUGCUCUGAUGUGCCGAGCUUUAUUUUAGAAUAAUUAAAAUCUUUAUUUGGUCCAAUUUAAUAAAAUUUAUAAGCUACCUAACCUGUUUUUUUCCAGAGGGGCAAAUCUUUUUUGAAAAUAGAAGUUUUGCUUUCACUUAAAAAUAAAAAUUCUUAGCUGAGAAAGCUCAGAGGACACAAAACUAUGCCGACUGUUACAUUAGUAUUUCCCCCUUUACCUCGUCAGUAAUAGUCACCACGUUUUGGUAGGUGCUGACUCAUCAAAUCAAAUUCCGCUCCAAAUGUGUGUGAACCCAUUGGGGAGGCUUGUGUUUCUCACUGUGAAAUGCGGUGGUGCCUGGACGCCACAUUAAAGUAAUAAUAAUGGC